AUGGGACAAUGCUUUGGAGUAACCAAGAGUAACGAAAGAUGCAAGAACAAGGUUACCGACGGUCAAUAUUGUCAUUAUCAUAAAAAUCAGAGCCUCAAAAAUAGUUCCAAAACCAAAGGAAGUUCUAAAAUUGAACUCAAAUCAUCCUCUGCUAGAAUAGAAAAUGAUAAUAAUAAACAUGGGAAUCACAAUAGAAAUCAAAGGCCGGUAUACAAGAUCAUUUUACCAAAAGCCCCUUCAAGUCUACAGAGCACAGUGCCGGCACGAAAAAAGAAUACUGAUACGGGAAGUAUUUACAUGUACACAUUAUCACACUUGUUGACUGAUCAUCAAAAAAGGUACAAUUUUUUGAACAUAAGGGCCUUGGACCAAGACCAAUCCCUAGAAAAUUCUAAUGCAUCAAAGCUUGCACUUCAAAAAGCAUUUUUUUCUGCUUUGUCUGCUAAAAAUGUGGAUGGCUCAUCACACGGUAAUUUGAAGUCUUCCUCACCUGAAUUAGUGCCUUUUGAUUCAAAACAUUUUAUUUUAGUGAAAAUUGGUUUAACAACUCAGCCAGUGACCAAGCGUAUCCAACAAUGGCAGAAACAAUGCAACCACGAUAUAACUCUAGUCAGUCCUGAUAUUCUAAAGCAAGCCUCUCCUUCCUCGUUGUCAUCUUUGUUUUCUAAGCUUAAUAUAGAUGACCCUUACUAUAGCAAAAAUAAGUUGAGUUUUAAUCCUAAAGGAUUUCUUACGAAUUUAGGUGGUAGGAAUAAGAUCAGCGAAGGCAAUUUCAGGUGCUUUAACCAUCAUGAUAAUAGUUUCUAUUGCCAAAAUAAUUUAAGGGAGAUUGAGAGAAAAAUACAUAGUCAAUUAAGAUACGAAUUUGGCACAGUUGAAAUGGAAUGUGUUAACUGCUCUUUGAAUAACUCUAAACGGAAUACCCCAAAAGGCAAGGAUACAAUGGAAAGUAAUAAGGUAAUCCAUCGUGAAUGGUUUGUGAUCCCCAAAGUACUGUUAAUAGAGGUGUUUUUGAAAAUUGAUUUCAUAUGCCAUCAUAUGGGAAAGCAAACCUUAGCCAAAUAA